UCAGCCCGGUGAACCUCCGCGUACACGCUUCCCGCCACUGCAUAAUUCCAUGCGCUUCAGAUUGCAUGAGCGCUCACGUUCGAUUUGAUGUGCGUGCGCGCGCGCUCGUGUGCGGAAUCACAGCACGGUUUAUAGUGGUUUACGUUUUUUUUUUUUUUUUUUUUUUUAAGUGGUUGUAUUUUUUAACAAAGUCGUCAAAAAUAAUUGAAAUUCAGUCUGCCUUAAUUUGUGCUCAAAGCUGUGUAUUUUAAUACAGCAACAACUUCUUUUUAGACCCUUUCAACUCAAAAGUAAUUUUUCCUCACAAAUGGUGGAUGGGAUUAAAUAGGUUAAAGCUAAUCUCUGGUUAUCCUGAAGGCUUGCCGAUAUUUUAUUCAUUAAAUGCAAUUUUGUCCCCCUCUUUGUUUUCUUUUCCCUUACCCUUCCUUUCUGUUGCGUUUCGUUCUUUCCUCUUUCCUUUUCAUCUCCGUUCGUGUCUUUCCGUUCCUUUCCUUUCCAUGUCUUCUGUUUUCUUUUUUAUUAUUUGCUUAUUGUAAUUAUUCAUACAUUCAAUUUUGAAUAAGAAAAAAAGCAGCCUUAAAGCACUAAUAGUUUUGCACUUGAUCUAGUGUAGUGUGUGUGAGGCUGCAUUACAGUAACGCGCGCUGUCGUCAAAAUGUUUCUUAACCGUCGCGCACAUCAGACAUUCAGUACAACAGCUCUUUUAUAGAAAGGGGAGGGGGGGUCAUUCACAACUCACUGUGAACCCCUCGGGAUCACCUGCACGUGCGUUUGCGCACACAGUUUUGAGGAAAAACUCUGAUCACCACCGGAAGGUCUGAUCUCGCUUUUGGUCUCCCACGCGCAUCCACUCGACUGCGCGUGCCACCGCGAUGUGGGUCCGAACUGCGGAGCUUUGACGGAUAAAGCGGAGGAAUCCCUUCGGCUUCCCGAGGAGAGGCGAGGCUGACCGCUGCCAUGAUGCGAGGACUGGAUAACAGCACCUUCCAGUCUAACAUCCCGGUGGCUGCUGACAUCACAGUGGGCGUGGUUUACGCCCUUUUUGGUGUUUGUUCACUAUGUGGAAACAGUAUGCUGCUGUAUGUGUCCUACAAGAAGAAGCACCUGUUAAAACCAGCCGAGUUCUUCAUUAUUAACCUGGCCAUCAGUGACCUGGGCAUGACCCUCAGCCUCUACCCCCUCGCGGUCACCUCAAGCCUUGCCCACAGGUGGCUUUAUGGAAGGACAGUCUGUGUAGUCUAUGCCUUCUGUGGUGUUUUGUUCGGGAUCUGCUCUCUGACCACUCUCACUAUACUCAGCACUGUUUGCUGCCUCAAAGUCUGCUAUCCACUUCACGGUAAUAGGUUCAGCUAUGAGCACGGUCGUGUGUUAAUAGCGUGUGCGUGGGCCUAUGCUCUCGUGUUCGCUUGCUCCCCUCUUGCCCACUGGGGGCAGUAUGGUCCGGAACCCUACGGCACGGCCUGCUGUAUCGACUGGGCCUGGUCCAAUCACAACUCAGUUGCCCGCUCCUACACCACAGUGCUCUUCAUCGCCUGUUACCUGCUGCCGUGUGGCAUCAUCAUUGUCUCCUACACACGCAUACUGCUCACGGUCCGAGAGUCCCGCAGAGCGGUGGAGCAGCACGUCUCAGCGCAGACACGCAUGGGGAACAUCCAGGCCAUUAUAGUGAAGUUGAGUGUGGCGGUGUGUAUAGGAUUCUUCACUGCAUGGAGUCCGUACGCACUGGUGUCUAUGUGGGCGGCGUUCGGCCAUUUUGAGGACAUCUCGCCCCUGGCCUUUGCCAUCCCCGCAGUUUUUGCCAAAUCCUCCACUCUUUAUAACCCUCUCAUCUACCUCUUGCUCAAACCCAACUUCCGCCACCUCCUCUGCAAGGACAUGCGCUCCCUGCGAGGGGUUUGCGUGCACCACUGCCUGUGCCAAUGUUUUCCCCGCUGGAGCUACCGCCCAUCGCUAGCCCUCAGUCUGCGGCCCCUGCGGCGAAGAGGCCAAUCCAUCUCAGAUUCCAUGGGGGGGCCCGUAGGUCAUUGUCACUGCCCUUGCGAAAGGUGCAACGACCCAUUUGAGCAGUUUAAGCACUUCCCACGCCGCUGUCCCGUCAACGUGAACACUGUGCAGUUGUCUCUGCAGGACAGCACCGAACCCGAAUUGGAGCCGGAACGAGAACCUAGAGUGAUAAAAGAACUCAAACCAAAGAGCCAAACAAUGGAGUGUAAGAAGUCCGUGCGGGUGAUUGUGAGGGGGCGGAGAUGCUCCGAGAUUGACAGUCUGGAGAUCACCUUGGAAACGGUGCCUGCUCAUGGCAAAGCUACCAAAAACGCCAAACCGUAACACCUGAGCCUGUGUGUGGGUGUGUGUUUAUACUCGUGCGGUGAGUGUGUGUAUUCACUUGUCUCAAAGGGGAGUAAAUAGACUUUGACAUAUGCCUCAAUUAAGACGCUGAGAGCAAAAUAUUUCCGAACAACAUAUUGAUGAUUGUUUUUUUAUUUAUUUAUUUAUUUAUUUGGAACAAGUGGUUUCUUAUGGACAACUGACACAAUGUAUGAGGGUUUUUUUUUUGGCUCAUUGAACUUUUAAAUGAAGUGUUACGCACAUCUUAGUUAUCUGCUGAGGGAACAAACACAUAUGCAUUCUUGAAAGUUGCUUUGGUAAACGUGAAGGUGUAUGUCUGUUGGAGAAACCUGUUUGGAUUUAAAUAGUCAAAUACUUAAGAGUCUAUGAUUGGAUCAUUAUUGCUGUGAUUAUUAUUAUAUGUUCCUAGCAUGUUAUAUGUUUGGGAACAGUUUUUCUUUCCCUAACUGAUGGAGUGUAUAGCUUUUUAUUUCUUAAACAACCAUGUAGGAAGACACAUCAUGGCCAUAUUCCAGGAUGAGAAAGCCAAGAUUCAUUGGGCUCAAACUGUGAAAGAAUCGGGAGGGAGCAUGAAGAAUCAUUUUCACACAUGAAAACCUCAGUAAGUUUUUGGGAUGUGCUGGAGUAGACUUUACAGAGUGUUCACCUCUUGCAUUGUCAAUACAAGAUCUUGACAUGCACAUCUUGAUGGAAAUAAAUGUUGUCAUGUUAUUUCCAUCAAGAGUUGCAUCAAUUUUGUAAAACCUUUUACAUGUUCCAUCACAGGAUAAUUUUAUUUUAUCAUACCAUGUUUUAACUGCCUAUUUUGGGGUGUAAUUAAAAAUGCGCCGAUUCAGUGUGUGUACACCUUUAAAUGCUCGUGCUCCCCGCCCCCAAGCUCGCAUGAGUCGCAACUCUAUAACACAUUGCAUAAACAAUAGAAUAAGUUCACACAGCUAAUAUAACUCUCAAAAUGGAUCUUUAAAAAGUGUUCAUGAUGCAGCAUAUCAGAUCACGUAAGUAUGGUAAUUAUUUUUAUGGAUAUUUACAUUUGAUUCUGAAUGAGUUUGAUAAUGCUCCGUGGCUAACGGGGCUAAUGCUACACUGUUGGAGAGAUUUAUAAAGAAUGAAGAUGCGUUUAUGAAUUAUACAGACUGCAAGCGUUUAAAAAUAAAAAUAACAACAUGGUCUCCGUGAAUAAAGGAACACACCAAACCGACGCCGACGAACUAGUGACGACGAAAGCAGACUGCGGGGUUGGCUCACGUCAGCAGCAUCUGGGUCCAAAGUUGGCCUGACACGCCAAACCGACGCUCGACAGCCGACGGCCAAGUAGCACAUCCGUUCUGCGCCUGCGUAAGAGGAAAUGCCUUUCCGUACCAGCAGGUGGCAGUAGCUGAACAGCCAAUCAGAAUGAUCAGAUGGCCCGACGGACCAACGAGCUCCGAUGCCGAUUCAACAUGUUGAAUCGGCCGAAAAAAAGCAGACGGUGCGGAAGACACUGAGAAAACUUAGUCGGCCGACGAACAAAAACUGCCCGACGGGGACCGUCGACCGUUGGCUUGGUGUGUUCCUGCCAAGAAACAAUGGUAACUUUAACCACAUUUAACAGUACAUUAGCAACAUGCUAACGAAACAUUUAGAAAGACAAUUUACAAAUAUCACUAAAUAUAUCAUGAUAUCAUGGAUCAUGAACAGUUAUUAUCGAUCCAUCUGCCAUUUUCGCUAUUGUCACUACUUGCAUGCUUCACAAUACCUGCAGAACGUCUGAUGAUUCGGCUGUGCAGCUCCACGACGUUAAUAGAGUACCUCAGAGAUGACGUGUUUUUGUAUGCAAAACCCGGAAUUGAGUUAGCAUUUUAGGACUUACGGUUCCAUCGCCCUAAAGUCUAUGGGUUUUUUGAAUGGGUUUUUGCUAAAUCGCCUGAAAUAAGGUCUGUGGUUAACAAAGCCUCUAAAUAUUUUCACGUUUUGAUCUAUGACAUAAAACACACCAGUUAUAACCCACUUGUGAUUUUUUUAAACCUUUAUUGUGUCUUAAAAACGGCGGUUGCUAACAAAUUGCUAAAAGGGACUACUUCCUUUGGCGGGACUUUAGACGUCAUCAUGACAAACAGGACAUUUGGACAGCAUUUCUCAUGAACAAGUGGACAAGUAUUCAUGCACAGCGCAGAUCAUAAUCAGCGAGCUUGUUUUUAAAUAAAGUUGUUUUUUAAAUAAAGUGUGAGGAAGCUUGGUGGUGGUGACGUUGAUCUGCGACCAUGGUGUGCUGUAGUCCGUUUAUAGCCUACUGUUAGCUUUUUAUAUCUGACAACUUUAUUUAAGCUUCAAAAUGUAUAAAUAUUGUGUUAACUUGUAAAGAUUAUCUUGAUAGACAAAACGUGUAAGUGUCAUAACCCUUUGUUAAACACAGAGCUUAUUUUUUGCGAUUUUCCAAAAGUGUAUGGGAAAAAUGCAGAAUUCUAAUUCUACAGAAUUCUAAUUAUUCAACUAUGCCAAGGUAAAUUCAAUUUUAAAUUCUAGGGCACCUUUAAUAAAUUUUUCCUUAUAUGGAACCUUUUUGGAAUAAAGGGUUUAGGGUUCUAUAUAAAACCCCAUUGAACCCCUUUCUUUCUAAGAUUGUAAUAGUAAAUACUUUUGUUUCUGGCCCUCUAAGACAAUUUGGAAAGACUUUUCCGACAGGGGCCAAACUUAACACUUAAAAAUAAAUUGAUUAAAUAAUUAAGAACUGCUACAUGAUACAUAUUACUCACAUUAAGCCACCAAAACUUAAAAAUGAGAAACAAAACCCUAAUACUGUAAGCAGUUCUACAGAGAAAUGUGCUGCAUCCAAAUACUUCCAUACUAUAUAGUAUGUGAAAAACAGCAUGUGAGCCAAGUAGUUUGUCUGAAUUCAUACUUAGUUAUAAAACAGUAGGCGAAAAGUACCUGGAUGACCUACUACUUCCGGCAAGAUUCUGGAGUGCGCAUUCAAUGGAAAUUGUAUUAUCCCAUAAGGAAACAGGAGAUGAUUUGUGUGAAGGGCAGUGAAGCGACUCAACUGACAGCGUAGGUCACAUGACAGUGACAAUUUGACGGAUGUAGUACUUCAUGCCACACACAUUCAUACCAUAUAGAACAUACCUUUUUAACGGUCACAAACUUCAAGAAGUAAAGUUAGAGUAUCUACUAUAUAGGAUGCGAUUUCGGACGCAUCAAUGGAGAACAGUUUGUAUAUGAAGCUGUAAGUGCACUCACCAAUAUGCAGGAAUAAUACUACUUUUGAAAAAACAAACAUGCAAAAUACAGUUUACUCAAUGAAAUAAAAUAUUUAUGUCCAGUAAAUUUAUACCUUCUAUUGGCAGGUGAGGCAAAAGACUAAUUUUGGACCCUGCUUUUGGAUCUCUUUUGUGUGUAUUUAUGUGAUUGCUACAAGGAUCAGGGUGUUUGCUAAUCUGAACAUGGAUUCAGGGAAACACUGUUGAUAAUCAAAAAGAAUUCAAAAAUGUGAAGUAUAUAUGUGGGUUAUAGUUGUAUGUGUGUUGAACAUCUCAAAUUUUUAUAGAGAAUAAGUUUUCAUAUUCUUUGUGCAAGUUGUAUAAUUGCACUGUCAGCUUCAUUCAGUGGCCAAAGAAGAGCUCAUUUGAUUGACAUGGGCUCUUUAUGUAAGAUGUACCACAUAUGCCACAUGU